AGAGUUUCCUGUCUCUUCUGAGAAGGUAGAGAAAGGGACAGCGCUGGAGGGGGGUCUCUUGAAUUCCUGACUCCCGGCUUCCCCAUCAAUUUCGGUUUUGUGUAUGGCCGCUGAUGGAAAAGCCCCUGUUCCUUUGCGUCAGAAGACAAGGAAGAAAAAUCAAGGAAUUUGUACAAUGAGCCGUCGAAGGAUAUCAUGCAAGGACUUGGGGCUAGCUGAUUGCCAGGGAUGGCUAUACAAGAAGAAAGAGAAAGGGGGCUUUAUUGGCAACAAAUGGAAAAAGUUCUGGUGUGUCCUGAAGUGUUCGUCAUUAUACUGGUACAGCAAUCAAGUGGCAGAGAAAGCUGAAGGGUUCCUCAGCCUUCCAGAAUUCACAGUGAAUCAAGCGACAGAAUGCAAGAAAAAGUAUGCUAUGAAGAUCAUCCAUCCACAGAUCAAGACAUUUUAUUUUGCAGCAGAAAAUGCGGAGGAAAUGAACAUAUGGCUGAAGAAAUUAGGUACAGCUGUCCUUGACAAACAAGCCAAUAAAAAGAGUGAAGAAGAGUGCUAUAGCGAGAGCGAGCAUGAAGAUCUAGAAAUAAACGUGGAGACGCCACCCCCUCCGUAUUCCGAUCAGCUGCCGCCGCCUCAUUUGAAACAGGACCAGGAAGAGCCUUCCUUGACAUCGCAUGCAUCAAGUGAAGUAUCAUGUUCUUUGUCCUCGCCGGAAAGCCUGAUGAAGUCUGAAGGAUCCUCGUCUUCCUCAUUGUCCAAAGAAUUGUAUCCAGACAGACAGUUGUGGCUCGACAGCGUGAACAACCCUUCCCCUGGGGAAGAAAUGGACAAUCAAUCUCCAGCUGCCUCUGGUGACUCUCAGGAUACUGAUCACUUGGUAACAGGCUGUAACAAAACACUGGAAAGUGGGACUGUCAAACCCGACUGCAGCUUUCGGAUCUCUUUGAAUGAGGCUACAUCUACAUUACGCAGUGCUAAGGCUAGCCUACCUGUGCCUAGAAUAGCAGCAUCGAAAACUCUGCCUAAAGAUGCAAAAAGUUCCGUAGAUGAAAUGGAGAAACUUUACAAGUCCUUAGAGCAAGCGAGUUUGUCUCCCAUUGGGGACAGGCGACCUUCUACAAAAAAGGAGCUGAGAAAAUCCUUCAUCAAGAGGUGCAAAAACCCAGCUGUUAAUGAGAAACUCCACAAAAUCCGAGCACUGAAUAGUACCUUAAAGUGCAAGGAACAUGACUUGGCCACGAUUAACCAGUUGUUGGAGGAUCCUGAGCUAACAGCAAGGAAGUACAGGGAGUGGAAGGAUUCAAACACCAUGUUGGUCCAAGAUAUCUAUCAGCAGCAGGAUGUUCUGAAUACGCCUGAAGAAAACAGCACAGAAGCAGAGACGAUGCUGCAACCAUCUUUCAUCGAAAGCACUAUCUGAGAGAAGUGGACCGUGUGGUACUUUCCCCACACUGUUUGUCUUCAUUUACAAAUAGUUUAAGCUGCUACAGUUUCCGGUUUUGUUUUUCUAGUGGAGAACUCAACCCGUUAGCCAGAGCAUUAUUUCUUAUCUCAGUAUUAGGAACAUAGGAAGCUGCCUUAAGCCAAGGCAGUCCAUCUAGUUCAGUGUUGUCUACACUGGCCGGCAGGAAGGGAUUUCCCCCAGCCCUUCCAGGGCACGCCUGGGAUUAAACCUCAGACCUCCGGCAUGCGAAACAGAUGCUCUACCCUGAGCCCUGGCUCUUCACCAUUCUAUCUUCCUUUAAGUGAGUGAUUUACGUUAUCUUCCUUCAAGACAGAAUGCCACUACCCAAGUGGUGACGUCACAAUGGUUCUAGUCUUUGUGAACUUCUGAGGAGAGCAAUUAUCUGGUGGACGGGAGUUGGAAUUCCAUUUUUUAAAAAUGGCUGACCUUCAUAGCACAAACGUUUUAGCAAGCACAACAUCUGGACAUUAAGGGUUUUAAAGAGUAUGUACAUAGUGUAAAUAAGAAGUUCAUGGUUAUUUUAAAGUUUGUUAAGAGAAGUAAAAAAAUUAAAAGUUGUAGAAAUGCUGCCAGGGUUCAAAAAAACAAACAAACCACCCUUUUGUUGUAGCUUGUCUAAACUUCCAUAAAGAUUAUAACCUCUGCUGAUGACAGGAUGGUGCCUGUCUCCUGUUAAAAAGCCUUGUCAUCUGUUGAGUGAACACCUUUUGCAAUCAUAGCAUCACUGUAUUUAUGAAUGGCCAGGAAAAAAGCUGUUUCCUUACAUCAUCUGGGGAAAGUUGCAUUUGAAUUGUUUUUCAUGCCAAAAUAAAUUCUGCAGCGUUGUGCAAACUCUA